AUGUCGUGUUCUUCUUCAUCUGGGUCUGAAGAGGAUGAUGAGGGGUUCGACUCCUACCGGAAAGGAGGGUACCACGCCGUCAGAGUCGGCGAUCAGUUCGCCGGAGGCAGGUACAUAGCGCAGAGGAAGCUUGGUUGGGGUCAGUUUUCGACAGUUUGGCUUGCCUAUGAUACUUCAAAAUCUGCGUAUGUUGCACUCAAGAUCCAGAAAAGUGCAGCUCAAUUUGUUCAAGCCGCCCUUCAUGAAAUUGAUGUUCUUGCAUCCAUUUCUGAUGGUGUUGAUGUGAAUUCAAAAUGUGUCGUCCAAUUGAUUGACCACUUUAAGCACGCAGGUCCUAAUGGUCAGCACCUUUGCAUGGUGCUUGAGUUUCUUGGGGAUAGCUUGCUUCGUCUAAUCAAAUAUAGCCGGUACAAAGGCCUUCCGUUGAUUAAAGUUAAGGAGAUUUGCCGAUGCAUUUUAAUUGGUUUGGAUUAUUUGCAUAGAGAACAUGGUAUUAUCCAUACUGACCUAAAACCAGAAAAUGUUCUUUUGAUUUCUACCAUUGAUCCUGCCAAAGACCCCGUUAGAUCUGGACUCAGCCCAAUAUUAGAGAGGCCAGAGGGAAGCAUAAAUGGUGGAGUUACUAGUCUUAUAGAGAAAAAGUUGAAAAGAAGAGCUAGGAGGGCAGUUGCUAAAAUCUCUGGAAGAACUACUUCAAUAGGAGGAACUGAAGCUCCAAAGUCUGCGAGAAAUCUUGAUGGGAUUGAUGUGAGAUGCAAGGUGGUAGAUUUUGGGAAUGCUUGUUGGGCUGAUAAGCAGUUUGCAGAAGAAAUUCAGACAAGACAGUACAGAGCUCCUGAAGUAAUAUUGCAGGCUGGCUAUUCCUUCUCCGUUGACAUGUGGUCUUUCGCUUGUAUUGCUUUUGAGCUUGCCACUGGUGAUAUGUUAUUUACGCCCAAGGUUGGACAAGGUUUUAGUGAGGAUGAGGAUCACCUUGCCCUGAUGAUGGAACUCCUUGGAAAGAUGCCUCGGAAGGUUGCUAUUGCUGGAGCAAAAUCCAAAGAUUUCUUUGACAGACAUGGGGAUCUGAAAAGAAUUCGAAGACUAAAGUUUUGGCCGCUAAGCAAAUUGUUGAUUGAUAGAUAUAAAUUUUCAGAGAGUGAUGCUCAAGAGUUUUCACAGUUUCUUUUACCACUUCUGGACUUCUCACCGGAGAAGCGGCCAACAGCACAGCAGUCCCUGCAACAUCCAUGGCUCCAGGGCAUAGACUCUGCACAAAAUAAAAAGAGAAAUGAAUCGAGUGUGGAGAACGUGGGUGUUGGGAUGAGCAACCUUAAAAUGAAGGUGGGAAAGUGA